GGACAGCAACCCGGCCCCCGGCUCAAAAAGGUUGCCUACCCCUGCUCUAGAAGAAUCCAUUGCUGACACUUCGCCAGCAUCUGUGGCUGGCAGCAUUUGGAAAACAUUUCGGUGCUGUUUUUAGGAAAAGCAAGCCAAAUGCGGUCCCAGUAUUAUUAUUUUUAAACAUGUUUUUCCAUUGUUGGAGGUAGUAGAAAUGGCAAAUAGUAAAGUCCUGGUCCAUGGGCUCCCUGGUUAGGAUUCCCUUGUUGUGUCUAAAAUUCAGUAUCUUUUGAACCACGUAUAUGUUUUUGCAAUUUUAACCGGUGUUUUUAGCUGCUUUGGGACCGAAUUGGGGACAAAAGUGGGACCUAGAUUGUAUUUGGCAACCAGUGUUUGGAUGCUCCCAAAAAUACUUGGAGCAAGUCUUUGAUGUGGUCCAGAUCGUCCCAUGUCCAAAGUCUCUUAGGAGCUUUUGAUCGCAGCCCAGAUAAAAACUUGGCGCUGGGUCUCACACUGAACCUCUGUCCAUCAUGACGCCUUUUGCAAGAGGGAACAUAUCUGAUCUGGAAGAUGUCCUCGGAGUUCCCUCAGAAGGCAGCAUGUUCCAGAGGAGAUGGAACAAACGGCUUCUCAAAGCAAUCCUGUUUCUCUCCUCCUUCUUGCAACCCCCAGGAAUUGAAUUUCCAAACACGGGACGGAGGCACUUGCAUGAACUUUGGGGAAGGCUAUAAAAGGGAGGUUAUAAAGAGGGGUGGCAGCGGAGGGCCUCCUCGCUGACCGUCACGAAACACCUGCAGAUGUUUGCAACGAUGAACAGCGUGCGCUGGAGCCAUGCGCUGCUUGGAUUUGGUUUUCUUCGCAUCGCAUCUGCCUUCCUCACCCAACCUCAGUUUAAGGCUGACAAGUUUGUUGGGAAAUGGUACACCAUCGGCAUAAGCGUGAAAGGAGGUGGAGUAAAGAACACGUACAGCCACCUCGUUACGGUGGAGCUGGAGGAAAGCGGAGAGCUGGGCAUCACAGUGGAAAAGCCCGAGGACAGUUGUGCCAAAAUACAAUUCAAUUUACUCGUAGGAGAGAAGCCUGGAAAGUACAUUCGGGAUACAGGGACCCAGAGGAACACCAUCACCAUCAUCGAGACCGAUUACGACAGCUUCUGCAUCCUGGGCACCGAAACAGACUUAGUCAACACUCUCAACCUCUACAGCAGGCAUGAAGACGUCUCCGACGAAGUGAAGGCCAAGUUUGAAUAUUACAUCAAAUGCCUCGACUUCCCUACUAACCGGAUCGUCUACUUCUCCAAACAGGAAUCUUGGUGUUGAAUCCAGCUUCGGAGCAUUUCCCAGAAUUGGGAGAAUAAUAACUGGGAAACGCUCCUCGCUCUUCGCCAAAAGCAUCAAGAAGAAGAAAACCCAACACAAAACAAACCACAAUAAAAACACCCCCAAAUCUUUGCAGUUCAUCUGGUCCUUCCUCCCAUUUAUUUUUAUCCUCCACAACUUUUCAAAUCUGUUGAAUAACAAUCGGGGAGAAAAAUAGAUCACCACCAAUUCCAUCAAUUAUAUUGCAUCGAUUAUAUUCUGCCUCUUAUCGAUCCUAAGGCGAAUAAAAUAUUUGAAGCCAGA